GCACAGCGCAUUGUGUUCAUUGCACAUGCGCAGAAACGCUCUCGGGUUGAUGUCAGUUUUCGAGGACGCGCAGUAUAUUUCUUUGCGCCCUGGCGAAUGGCUGUCCUAGAAGAUGUGUGAUGAGAGAAGCCGUAAAUAGUACGAGGAGCUACACAUUUAUAAAGACUGGAGCAAUCGACAGUGUAAAAUGGACCAGGAGUUUGCGGACAUAGACUCGCAGGGACGGUGGCAGAGCCUAUACGUAGAAAUUCGUAGCCAGUCUCAUGAAUGUCCAUACAAGGUGGCAAAAUAUCCAGAGAAUAGGAAUCGGAACCGGUACAGAGACGUCAGCCCCUUUGACCACAGUCGAGUAAAACUCAAAAAUUCAGAAAAUGACUACAUUAAUGCAAGCUUAGUUGUGAUGGAAGAAGCCCAAAGAAGUUAUAUAUUAACUCAGGGCCCUUUGAAAACUACCUGUGGGCACUUUUGGCUGAUGAUCUGGGAGCAGAAGACCAGGGCUGUAAUAAUGCUGAACAGAGUCAUUGAGAAAGGAAUAGACAAAUGUGCGCAGUACUGGCCGACCCAGGAGGAGCACGAGAUGCCGUUCAGGGACACGCGGUUCGCCGUGACGCUGGCCUCGGAGGACGUCAAGUCUUACUACACCAUACGAGUGCUGGAGCUGCAGAACUUAAACACGGGUGAGACGCGAGAGAUCUAUCACUUUCACUAUACCUCCUGGCCCGACUUUGGAGUCCCAGAAUCCCCUGCCUCCUUCCUCAACUUCCUGCUCAAGGUACGAGAGUCGGGCUGUUUGGCCGUCGACCAGGGGCCGGCCGUAGUGCACUGCAGCGCCGGGAUUGGCCGGUCCGGGACGUUCUCAUUGGUGGACACUUGUCUCGUCUUGCUGGACAGGAGAAAAGAGCCCUCGUCCGUGGACAUCAAAAAGGUCCUCCUGGACAUGAGGAAGUUCCGCAUGGGCCUGAUUCAGACCCCGGACCAGCUUCGCUUCUCCUACUUGGCCAUCAUCGAAGGCAGCAAGUGCAUCAUGGGAGAUUCUUCGGUGCAGAAACCGUGGCGUGAGCUCUCCAAAGACGAGCAGGAGCCCGCGUCCGACUCGCCCCCGCCCGCUCAGCCCGCCAAGCGCACGGACAAGAUCAACGGGAGCCGGCUCUCCCACGCCAGCGAGCUGGGGGACCCCGGGAUCGGGAGGACCGCCGGGAAAGACAAAGAACAGGACCUGGACGGGAACGUGGGAAACGUCCGUAAGCGACACCGGGAGGAGAGGCUGGCUAACUCCACACCCAAGAGUCUGCAGGGGAAGCAGAGGAUGAGUGAGACGGAAAAGAAGAGGAAAAGAAGGAUUAGUUGCAGUGACACACAGCUGCUUCCAGCUGAUCUGAGAGCUACCCAGACCAUCUGCAAAAGUAAAAAAAGGCACCGAACGACUGACGCCUGAUGUUACAGACGCUCCACAUCGCUGAAACUCUGGUCAGGGCAGCGAUUAUUCAUCGGCAGGGAUCUCCAGCCCAACACCCCAUCCCCACACUCACCUCCCUCCCCAACUAUGCCCCCUAACUGUUUACAGCGUAAACUUCAACAUUCUUUGGAUGAAAAAAAAAAAAAAAAAAAAAGAACAAAAAAAGAUUUUUUUUUUUUUCUUUUUUUUUUUUCUCCUUUCUAAAAACACCAGCAUGGGACGUCUUCUGGUGGAAUACUUAGGAUAAUCCAUCGUCAAAGUUUGGUCACCCGCCCACCCUCUCUAUUUUGCUUACAUCCAUUGAAAAGGCAGAAGGAACUGGAGAAGGCCUAUCAUUGCCAAUUUGUACUGCUACUCAUAUAUAUAUUUUUUUGUAUAUUUUUUGAUGGCAGAAUGAAAUGUUCUCUAUUUUUUAUAAGAAAUUACUUGAAAUUUCCUACUUCAUCCAAGAGCAAACUGCUACCCCACUUGUGGAAAAUAUGAAAAAAGAAAAGGUGUGUAACGUAACAGUUGGCUCCAGAGUGUGUAUAAUGUUCUUUUUAAAACGUUAUCCAAAAAAGUAUUUUUGAUUGUAUGACAAUGAUGGAAGUUGACAUUGCAAGUGGUAAAGUCAAAAUAAUUGACAAAGUCUUACAAAUCAUUAUCCAAGAGUGUAAUCAAUUAAUAAAAUUGUUACAUUUUAUUAA